AUGUCUAAUAAUAAAUGGAUAGCAGAGUUAAAAACUGUUCUUCAAGUUGCUAAAGCACGUCUUGAUGUUCGUGAAAAGAAAAAAACUGAACAAGUAGCAAAAGAACGUUAUACAGUUGCUGAUUAUAUUCGCAAUAAUAAAGUUCCUCGUGCUCGAAUUGCUGUUGAACAUCUUAUACGUGAAGAUUAUAAGAUUGAAGCAAUGGAUCGUGUUGAAGCUUAUCUUGAUACACUUCUUAUGAGAAUGCAAUUAAUUAAAGAUCGUCCAAAAAAUGGUGCGGUUGAUCCAGCUAUUGAACAACCAUUAGCAAAUAUUCUAUGGUCAGCACCUUUUCUUACACAAGAUAUUCCUGAGCUUGGUCAAAUAACAUUAAUGUUUAAAAAACAUUUUGGACCAGAAUAUGUUUCCAUGUGUGAACAAAAUAAACUUGGAAUGGUUGAUGUUGAUCUUUUACGUUGUUUAAGUUGUGAUCUUAUUCCAAAAUUACUUAUUGAAAAAUAUCUAGUCGAAAUAUGUCGAAGUCAAAAUGUUCCAUUUGAACCAGAUCAAACUGUUAUGGCACAAGAUGAAUUUUGGACUAUUGGACAACGUUAUGUACAACAUCCACCAGCUAAUGAUGAUAAAAAAUUACCACCUCCACCACCACCAUCAUCUUCAUCGAAUGGAGGAGGAGCAUCGUCAUCAGGUGGUAGUGGAGGUCG